GUGGCACAAAUGUAUGUCAGCCGCACCUCUGUCAGCCUGCCCUGGGGCAACUGUGGCUACAAUGUAGCUCACCACCAUCAAGGUGUGAAUAUCUGUGAAUGACUAUUAUUAUUGUAAAGCGCCUCAGGGUCUAGUUAAAGCGCUAUACAAGUACAAGCUAUUUACCAUUAAUCCGAAAAUAAAUCAUUGUGAAGCUAACUUUUUCAUCACAUUACUGAUCAUGCUAAGUUAAGAAACUCUUUGUAAAUAUGAUAACUGUAAAUAUAAUAACGUUCAUAACAAGACAUUCAUCCGCUGUUUACGUCACUGUCCUGGCUCUCUCUUCACAUCCACACAGACUUCUCCACAACAGUAGGAAUCAUAGCUCCACAAAAAAAACCUUGUUAACAGCUGUGCUGAUUUCUUCAAACCUUUUUUCUUCUUGUCAUGCUCAAAACCAGAAAUGCCGGUAUCCAUUUUUUCCCGUAAUCAACAUGCCGCUGUGUGAUGUUAACUCCCCCACUGUGCUUCAGGCUUACAGCAAUGUUGCCAUGUCCUUUUAUUAUCAGCCACUUUGUGCUUGAUCAGUUUUACUGUUUACAAGGUUGAGGCAACAGAGCUGAAUGCUUGUUUCUCUCUCUAGAACAGGCAACACUUGCUUGCAGCCCGCACACACAGCAUUUUUUUCAAGAUGCCUCUGCCUGGGUACAUAGGGAUAGCUCAAAUAAUAAUUGUUCUCAUAAGCUUCCACAGCCAUGUAAAAGUUAGUUUAAAAGUCAUUUAUUAUUCAAAAUUAAAACAGCUAAGUCACAUGUCAUGUGUGUACGUGCAGCACCUUUUGUCUAAAGAUGUGUAACACUGUGACACUGGCUAAGUGACAGAUGAUCGUUUUCUGUUAGCGUUGGUUUCCUCAAGUGUCGGUAUUUAUCUCAGAGAGAGGUGGUAGACCUGAAGGAAAGUUAGGCUCAGGAGAAUUACCUAACUGGAAAGAGAAUAUUUUUAUAGUAAAAUAAAAAUAAAAAAAACUGAAAGAAGCAACACACAAGCAAAAUUAUUAGUACAUGGGUUCAUACCAGUAGCGAGUAUUCCAAGGGGGAGGGUGGAGUACAUUAUGGAAAUUACAGCAGGCCUGGCAAGAAGCUGAGAAUGAAUGAUACUUGUUAAACCGUCAGAGAAAGAAGCAGAUCAUAAAGGGCACAGAAGGGUGAGGUCAGCAGAAGAAGAAAGUCAUGAGGAGGCAGUUAUUCUCUCUGAUGAUCACUCUCCUCUUUCUGGGGAGCCUGCUGACCACUCUCAUGUGGAACACCCUGGACAAUAAAAGUCUGAAUAUUUACGGACACCUGCCCAAGAUGAAAAUUGCGCCUCGAUCCUCUGAUUCCUGUAAGAACUGCGGAGAGAACAUAAAGAAGGUAUUAAACAUCUCAUUUACACCCUGGAACAAACACGAGGACAAUUUUCAAAACUUUAGGUUUCAGCUGAGGAACAACUGCCGUGGCUUUGAUAAGGCCAUUAUUACACAGACGAACACUCCGGUGGGAUCGAAGAUUGUCUAUGAUGGGGAAAAGAAGAGGACCCUCAUAGUGAAGCCAGAGAUCUUCAGCACCUUCCCAAAAGGGCAUCCCUUUUCAAAUAAAACAAGGCAAACCUGUGCUGUUGUCGGGAACGGUGGGAUCCUGGCAAACAGCACAUGUGGGAAAAUGAUUGAUUCAGCUGAGUUUGUCUUUAGGUGCAACCUACCUCCUGUUUCAGACGGAUAUGAGAAACAUGUGGGUAGUAAGACGAGCCUUGUGACCGUAAACCCGAGCAUCCUCUUUGAAAAGUAUGGGUCUCUAAUGGAACGUCGGCGUCCAUUUAUGGAGAAGCUGCGUAGCUAUGGUGACUCCCUGCUGCUCCUUCCCGCUUUCUCCUACGGUACGAGCACCCCUGUGUCUCUGCGGACUCUCUACACUGUUGAGGACUUUGAAAGCCCAAUCCGACCUGUCUUCCUUAACCCUCAGUACCUUGAGAACCUGGCCGUCUUCUGGCGCUCUCGGGGCGUGAAGGCGGUACGGCUCAGCACUGGCAUCAUGAUGGUCAGCCUGGCGCUGGAACUUUGUGACAAUGUGCAGGUGUAUGGAUUCUGGCCGUUCAGUAGUCACCCACACAGCUUCAAUGACCUCACUAACCACUAUUAUGACAAUAAACCAGCUAAAAAGAAUGUCCAUGCCAUGCCAACUGAGUUCAACAAGUUGCUGGAACUGCACAACCAGGGUGUACUACAGCUACACUUGGGGGAGUGUGAACCAGAUUAUUAUAAUUAGUCACGCGGGGAAUAGAUCCAACUAAGACACAUAAUCUUCUUCUAAAUGAAACAUCUUCUUGAUGAGAGACGGUGUAUACCCUAUGUAAAUAUUCGCUUUCUGCAAUGUGCUUGGAAUUACACUGACCUGACACUGUGUACUCUCUUGCAGAUGGAUAAAACCUUGGUUCGUUCUUACAUAUUUAGAUUUUAGAACAAUGAGAAAUAAAUACUGCCUGCUUAACUUCCUGCCUUAAAAAGUUACAGUGUGCACAGAAAAAAUGCUAUAAUAAUAUUUCCAUACCUGCCCUUUUGAAAGCCAACAUUCACACACAGAUGGAGCAAACGGUAAACCUUUGUGGCUGAGCAACCAAAAUUACUCCAAGAAAAAAAUCAAUGACUCAUCCAGGAGUUCAUAAACCCAGAGCAACAGAUAAAACACUUCCAACCUCACUUUCUACAGUGUUGUGCCAUGGACAACCCCUUUAUUAGGUUUCAGGGGCGAUUACUUUUUCACAUAGGGUAAGGUUGGUUUAAAAAGCUUUUUCUCUUAAUAAAUAAAGUCAUUGUUUUAAAA